UUGUGUUCCUCUGUGAGAAGACCAUGAGCACAGGAGUCUGACCGAGACACUUUAAUAAACCGGGGACGGCACCGAGUGUGUGAAGUGUGUGUGAGGAGUGUGUGUGAGGAGUGUGUGUGAGGAGUGUGUAAGAAGUGCCUGAGCCAUGUCCAUGUUACGGUGUGUGUGUGGCGUCUCUGUCAGACGUUUCCACAACAUUCCAGCACUCUGGAACAAACAUGCAGCUAAAGGUGUCCGUUAUAAGGACUUGCUGGUGGGUGUUCCUAAGGAAAUCAUGAAGAACGAGCAGCGUGUGGCGGUGUCCCCUGUGGGUGUGGAGGCUCUGGUGAAGCAGGGUUUCCAGGUGCAGGUGGAGGAAGGAGCCGGCCAAGAGGCAAAGUUCUCAGACCAGCAGUACCGAGCAGCAGGAGCCUCCAUCAUAAACACCAUAGGAGCUUUUAACUCGGACCUUGUGCUUAAAGUGCGAGGGCCGGUGUUUAAUGAGUCUUUGGGCCUCCAUGAGGCGGAGCUGCUGAAGGAAGGCUCCACUCUGGUGAGUUUUAUUUAUCCAGCACAGAACACUGAGCUGAUGGAGAAACUGGCACAGCGUCACAGCACAGUGCUUGCCAUGGACCAGGUCCCGCGGGUCACCAUCGCUCAGAGCUACGAUGCCCUCAGCUCCAUGGCCAACAUUGCAGGGUACAAGGCUGUCGUCCUCGCUGCAAACAAUUUUGGUAGAUUUUUCACUGGUCAGAUUACAGCAGCAGGGAAGGUUCCACCUGCAAAGGUGCUCGUGAUCGGUGGUGGAGUUGCAGGCCUGGCUGCUGCAGGAGCUGCUAAAUCUAUGGGAGCGGUAGUGAGAGGUUUUGACACCAGACCCGCUGCACUGGAGCAGUUUAAGUCGUUCGGAGCAGAACCUCUGGAGGUGGAUGUGAAGGAGUCUGGAGAGGGAAUCGGGGGUUACGCCAAGGAGAUGUCCAAAGAGUUCAUCCAGGCCGAGAUGGAGCUGUUCACCAGGCAGUGCAAAGAUGUGGAUAUCAUCAUCAGCACAGCUCUUAUUCCUGGUAAGAAAGCACCUGUGUUAAUUACGAGGGAGAUGGUGGAGAGUAUGAGGGAUGGAUCAGUGGUGGUGGAUUUAGCAGCAGAAGCAGGAGGAAACAUAGAGACAACAAAACCUGGAGAACUGCACGUGCACAAGGGAGUAACACACAUUGGUUACACAGACCUGCCGAGUCUCAUGGCCACUCAGGCGAGCUCCCUGUACUCCAACAAUGUGCUGAAGCUCCUGAAAGCCAUCAGUCCUGAUAAAGACACAUUUCACUUCACCCCCCGUGACACCUUCGACUACGGCACCAUUGAUCACGUCAUCAGAGGCACUGUGGUCAUGCUGGAUGGUAAUAAUCUUUUCCCUGCCCCUUUACCAAAGACCGCCCCUCCUGCUGCUCCAGCCAAACAAAAAACUGUAGCUGAGCUGGAGGCGGAGAAAAGGGCGGGGAUUUCUCCCUUUAGAAAAACCAUGACCUCAGCUGGAGUUUACACAGCAGGUGUGUGCUCUGUGAUCGGGUUGGGCCUCAUCUCCCCCAAUGCUGCAUUCACACAGAUGGUGACCACAUUUGGACUCGCAGGAAUCGUGGGAUAUCACACAGUGUGGGGUGUCACCCCUGCUCUACACUCACCCCUAAUGUCUGUCACCAACGCCAUCUCAGGUCUGACAGCAGUAGGUGGGUUGGUGUUGAUGGGCGGAGGUCUUGCUCCUUCUACACUUCCUGAAACUCUUGCUCUGCUUGCUGCCUUUGUUUCCUCAAUCAACAUUGCAGGUGGUUUCCUCAUCACACAGAGGAUGUUGGACAUGUUUAAGAGACCUACAGAUCCUCCGGAGUAUAAUUACCUCUACACUCUCCCUGGAGCCAUGUUUGUGGGCGGAUAUGGAAUGGCGCAUUACAGCGGAUACAACAUAGAACAGAUGAUGUACCUGGGUGCGGGUCUGUGCUGCGUCGGUGCGUUAGCUGGUCUCUCGGCUCAGGGUACAAGUCGCCUUGGUAACGCGUUGGGGAUGAUUGGCGUGUCAGGUGGUAUUGCGGCUACACUCGGGGCACUUCACCCCUCACCUGAGCUCCUCACACAGAUGUCCAUCGCCAUGUCAACUGGAGGCAUUCUGGGUCUCACUUUGGCUAAGCGGAUCGAGAUCUCAGACCUUCCUCAGCUGGUGGCUGGGUUCCACAGUCUGGUCGGACUGGCUGCGGUUCUCACCUGCAUCGCCGAAUUCAUGAUCGAGCACCCGCACCUGGACACUCACCCAGCCGCCUCAGUGCUGAAGUGUGUGGCCUACCUAGGGACCUACAUCGGAGGAGUGACCUUCACUGGCUCCCUAGUGGCUUAUGGCAAGCUGCAAGGUGUCCUAGACUCCGCCCCCCUGUUUCUCCCUGGUCGUCACCUGUUGAAUGCGUGUCUGAUGGCUGCCUCUGCAGGAGGGUUAGUGCCUUUCAUGCUGAGUGACAGCUAUAUGACGGGGAUGGGCUGUCUGCUCACUGUGUCCGGUCUCUCUGGGGUCAUGGGUGUGACACUCACCGCAGCUAUAGGUGGAGCAGACAUGCCUGUAGUGAUCACGGUGUUGAACAGUUACUCGGGCUGGGCUCUGUGUGCUGAAGGCUUCCUGCUGGACAAUAAUCUCAUGACCAUCGUGGGAGCUCUGAUUGGCUCGUCCGGUGCCAUCCUCUCCUACAUCAUGUGUGUGGCAAUGAAUCGCUCUCUUCCCAACGUGAUCCUUGGUGGAUACGGAACCACAUCUACAGCUGGAGGAAAGCCGAUGGAGAUUGUUGGCACUCACACGGAGGUCAACCUGGAUCAGGCAGUGGAGAUGAUAAGAGAGGCCAACAGCAUCAUUAUCACACCUGGGUGGGGUCUGUGUGCAGCAAAGGCUCAGUAUCCCAUCGCUGACAUGGUGAAGAUGCUGACAGAGCAGGGCAAGAAUGUCAGGUUUGGGAUUCACCCAGUUGCAGGACGCAUGCCAGGACAGCUGAACGUGCUCUUGGCUGAAGCUGGAGUUCCUUAUGAUGUCGUUCUGGAAAUGGACGAGAUUAAUGAGGAUUUCCCUGAGACUGAUUUGACACUUGUGAUUGGAGCCAACGACACGGUGAACUCUGCAGCUCAGGAGGAUCCAAACUCCAUCAUCGCCGGAAUGCCUGUGCUGGAGGUGUGGAAGUCCAAACAGGUAAUCGUGAUGAAGCGGACACUGGGUGUAGGUUACGCCGCUGUGGAUAAUCCCAUCUUCUACAAACCCAAUACGGCCAUGCUGCUCGGAGACGCCAAGAAAACCUGCGACAGUCUGCAGGCCAGAAUCAGAGACACCUUCAGCACCAACUAG